UUCUUUUCUUCUUUCUUUUAUUUUCUUUCUUUUUAAAUCUCUAAAAGUUCAGAAUGAAGAAUUACACUACGAUCAAAGAGAAAUCUUCAUUUUGGAAAAAAUUAGGCUUAGGAAAGAAUAAAGCAACUGCCAUAACAUCUUUGAAUAAGCAACAAGUUUAUAUAAAUAAUGAUGAUUCAGUCUCUAUUAAAAGUAAAAAGAAAGCAAAUAUUAAUAGUACUACUUCAUUAUUAUCCUCUCAUAAAAACCAGUCACUAAAUAAGCAACCUAUAAAAAGUAAUAAGGAUGAAUAUGACACAACUUCUACAAAGAAGCAAGAAGAAGUAAAUAAUGAUAAUGCUAAUGAUAUGGUUACACCGCAACAUAGUCACGAUAAAUCAUCAGAUAAAACUAGUACUCUAUCUUUUGUUGUAUUUGAAAAAAAGGAUGAAUUAUUAGAAACCAUAUCAAGAUUACAGCUUGAAUUAGAAGAGGAAAGAGCAACUGUAGAUGCAUUACAAAAGCAAAAAGAAGCUGUCACAAAGGAUUUAGAUUAUCUUGAAUUAACUGUAGAUGAGUUAUCAAAUGAAAGAACUGAGCUAAUACAACAACUAGAAGAAGAAAAAAUUGCAAAUCAACGACAUUUAGAUGAAUUAAACAUAUUAUUAGAUAAAUUGAAGUCAACGGCUGAUAAUGCUAGAGAUCAAUCUUUUCAAAUGUCUCAAUCAAAGCAAGCAUUUGAGAAUUAUCGAAUGCAAGCAGAACAAGAGAAAGAAGAUCUAUUAGAUAAGAUUGAUGACAAAGAUAAGAUAAUUCAAGAAUUAAAGUAUGAUUUGAAGAAAGCUGAAAAUCAAACAGAAACAUUAAAAGAAACAAUUGACAAGCUUAUAAAGUCUCAUGCUGCUGAAAUAAGUCAACUUACCUUAGAAAGAAAUUAUUAUACAACUCCUCAUGGUUCACCUACGUUAUUAAAAUCAGAAUUAAAUGAACCUGAAGAUCAACAAACACAGCCUAUUACAAAUGAUAUGACAGUCACUCCAUUAUCUGAUAAUUCUAUAAAGGAUGAAGAUCUUGAUGAACAAUUAAUGAAAUUAACAAAAGAAAAAGAAAAGCUUCAAUCAUUUUAUUCAAAAAUUCCUUUAUCAGGAGGUGGACCUCAAUCACGUAAACGUAAAGAAGAGUUAGAAGCCAAGUUAGAUCAAAUUGAUUCUCAACUUAGUAAAGUUAAACAAAAAAUUAAAAGAUCUUAAAUAGUGCCAUUCCUUUCUUCCUAUAUACCAUUUAUGCAAUCAAUUAUUACCAUUCCUUAUUAUUAUAUGUUCAUUCCUAUAGAAAUAAAAA